CGGGCGCGCGUAUAUCGGGAAACAGCGAAAGAAAUUUGCAGACGAUUCAAUACAAAGCUGUACAUCAGCGCUGCAAUAAAAUCCGUUGAAAAUGAUGUUUUUUGGAGAUCUCAGUUACUACUUCAGUACCUACCAUAUUCUGAAUGGUUUGCUGUCGGUAUCGUUUUUGAUUCUGAAGCUAUUCAGUCCAUUUUGUGAUACGCUUUUUGCAAAUGCAGCGAAGCCCUGCGGAUUGGACUGGAAUGAAACCAACAUCAUGUUUUUCCUGGGAUGCAUUCUGGUUGUCAAGAACCGGAAACUGCCGGCAUUUCGAGAGUACCUGGGAAAGAUCUUCAUGUUUAGCAAAGUGGCCAAUGCUGUGCUCUUCUUCUACGGUGACUUCAGAUAUGCAAUUCUCUACGUCGUUUUGGUAUUAGUUGUGCUGAUUGUCUUUCCAGAACCAAUCUACUGCGGCCGUCAAGAUGUCACAUACUUCAACAGCAAUACACUGGAAGAGGAGUUAACCUCCAACCCAAGAGUAACAUGGCUCAUUGAGUUUUACACACCCUGGUCUACUAGUUGCCAGACAUUUGCAAGGGUCUUUGCAGACCUCUCACUAAGCUACUCUCACAACCACCUGAGGUUUGGUAAAAUUGACGUGGGCAGAUAUGUAGACGUAGCCAAAAAGUACAAGAUCGACGUGUCCUCACUAUCCCAGCAGCUGCCAACCCUGGUGCUAUUUGAAGGAGGGAAGGAGACGAUACGAAAACCAGGCAGAAACAGCAAAGGAGCGAUCGUCAGACAUCAUUUCACUAAGGAGAACAUUACCAGCGAAUAUAACUUGAAGACACUUUAUCAGACGACGAAGAGCAAAGCACAGAAGAAGGCAGAAAAGGCAGAUGUGGCAAGCGACAAAAAGACCAAUUGAAAAUUCCCACGACGGUUGAAUGAAGUCAGAAGUUGUCUACUUUAAAAUCACCCUUGUUGUACGACACCGUAUGGAAAAUGUGAAUUUGUGAAGGGAAAUUUCUAUUGUACACCAAAAAAGCUUAAGAAACUUUUACAGUUUUGCCAUAGUUGCUUCCCCUUUUGGAAAUUAAAUUUUGUAUUUUAUUUAGAAAAUUUAUAGAAAAUGAAGUACAUACAAAAGAAACAACAAAAUCCAGAGAUAAUUCUACUGUCCAUUCUACUGUUAUGGUGUUAUUUAAUGUGAAUGAUAUUGAAUUUGCACUUGUCAUGUUUCUUUUAAUGUUCAUAGUAAUCUGUGUCAUGCCUUCUAGAAACAUGACCAGUCUAUAACGGCAGUUUAAGAUUAGAAAAGUAAUAUGAACAAUUUCAGACAAUGCUUAAUGUGCAAGUUAAUCGAAUAGAGGGACAGUAUACAAUUCUACAAAUCUCUACAUUUCAUGUGAUUCAGUGCAGAAGCUUUUUGUUGAAAAAAAUACACUCUUUAGCUGAUUUUAGUUUAUAUAUGUACAAAUGUAAUUGAUCGGUCUGAUGUUUUACAAUAUAAUUUACAUUGAAAAAGUAAUCAAAUCAAGUUGAUAAAAUUAAAACGAUACAGAAUUAUGUUAUUGUGGUGCUGCACUUAACUAUUGAAAUGAAAGUGUUAAAUAAUUAACAAAAAAUGAAUGCAAGUGGUAGCCCUACCCUCAUAAUUGUACAUUAAAAAGUUUUUAAGAAAGUUCCAUCCUUUGAAUGGCAAAAUAGUGUUAUCCAGUGAACACAGUGUCAAGAGUAACCAGUAGAUUAACUUUUUUAUUAGCUUUAUAACUCCUUAGCAUUUCCCAGUGCCCAUUUGCAAAACUAACUUAGUUUUCCCUUUGGGAUGAAAUCAGUGAUGUGGAAUAGUUCAGAUAACCUAGACAAAGUCAACAGUAAACAAUUAAAAUACAAUGUACAUCCA